AUGCUCAGCAGAGGGCGCGUCGACAUGCAAGACCUCCAGAGUUAUCUGGAUCAGAUCGAGAGGGGCUUGGAGGCUGUCCAGGCAGCUGUGGCGGGCAUUCAGUCUUCCGUUGCGGAGACCGGGGACCAAGCCGUCUCCGAAGCCGCUUCUACGGAAGGGCUGCAGACCCCCAAGACUUCAGCGCAGGCAGUUCUUGGAGUCAGCCCGCUCUUCUCCGACGAGAAGCCCGACCGCUUUGAGAUCCAGCCCAACGGAGUUCCUGCAGCCCGGUCUGCUCCAAGAAGACACUCCAUGAUCUCGAGCAAGAGCACCGUCAGCUCCUACUCGGUGGGCGAGGACGAAGGUGGUCUUCGUCUCCUGGAUGAGUGGGGCGAGGCUUUCGUGCUCUCGGAACAGGAGGCCGCGGAUGCCUACGAUGCUCUCUAUCGAGACCGGGACGUGCCAAGCCGCGUGAGCCGCAAGCGGCCGAGCCAGCUGGGUCUCCAGACCUUCGACUGCCGAAGCUCGGCUCUGUCGGAGCAGCUGCAGGAGAUGCUGCGGCUGUGGCGGCUCAUUUGGGAUUUCCUCACCAUCCUGCUGGUGGGAGUUGAUGCCGUCAUGCUGCCGGUGCUCUUAGCCUGGCCAGCGGAAGAGGGCAGCGGAUGGGACGACUACUACAAGGCUACCCCGGUCUUCUGGGUUGCGGACAUUUGCAUGAUGUUCUUCUUGGCAAUCCUCUUGAAUGAGGGCUCGCGAGUUCAUGCGGUUUGCCUCUACGUAUGCACCUGGUUUCCAUUGGACGCUCUCGUGGUAACAUUGGAUCUGGUUCUGCUUGCAGAGCUUGUUCCCGAUGACUUCAAAGCCCUAACUAUGAUGCGGCUGCUGCGGACGGUCAAGUUCAGACAGGCCAUCACUACGGUGGAGAGCCGGCUCGCUGCACGCGGGAUGCUCCGCGCGGUCAACCUGUCCACCAUCCUGCAGUGUGUGGUCUUCAUUUUCGGUGUAAAUCACGCCCUCGCGUGCAUUGCCAUUUACAUCGGCCGCCAAGAGCAGGAAGCAGGGAGGUCCAAGAACUGGCUGCAAGCGUAUCUCAUCGAAGAGCAGCCUCUUCAGUUCCAGUACAUGAUUGCCUUCAACUGGGUGAUUGCACAAUACACACCUGCGCCAUAUCCCUUCACGGCCCAGAACGAGCCAGAACAAGCUCUGGUGUUGGGUAUCAUCCUCACUUGCCUGCCCAUGCUGGGCGCACAAAUCGGAAUCAUCAGCGGAACCCUGAACCUCAUGACGGAGAAGGCGAAGGAGCGGGACCACGUCAAGCGGGACCUCCAGCGCUGGCUGCGCAAGACCCACGUGACCAAGCGCUUGCACGAGCGCGUGUUGACGGCCCUGGAUGACGUCCUGGGCUCGCAGGAGUCUCCCUUGGACGUGAAGGAGCCCCUGGCCUUGGAUUUCCUGCCCAGCACCUUGAUCGAAGAGCUGCGCGUCGUGAAGACGGGGGAGACGCUGGCCACGCACCCCUUCUACAGCUUGCUGAUGGACGAUCGCGUCGAAUUCGGUGGCAGGUUGGCAGCGGCUUUUCGUCAGAAGGUUGCAGUGCAGGGCGAGCAAAUCUUCGUGUGCAGUCGCCGGGCGGAAGGAAUCUAUAUCAGCAUCCACGGCAGCUUUAUCUUGCGGCCUUCCAAGGAGCUGGAAACUGGUAACAGCAUGUCCCGGAUCCGGACGACUCGCACCACAGUCUCAAACACCGUGAAGUUGCAGUCCGACACCUGGUACGCAGAGCUGGCUUUGUACACCAGCAGGAACCAUGCAGCCACCUUGGCUGCGGCAACUUAUGCCAAGCUGCUCACACUGUCGGCCACGGACUUCUUGCAGGCCGUGAAGAACUCGCCCUCGAUUGUGGUAGCCUGUCAUGAGUACGCGCUCGGGCUGAUCAAGAUGCAUCAGAGGAGGGCCCUCUUCACAGAGGAGACCUGGGAGGUUCCACCAGAUGCCUGGUCUGUAGAGGCCGUGGCGGCGACCCAGCUGGCGGAACUCUUGAUCCCGGGCACGAGCCCGAUCCAUGCCUUCAAGCUGACGGGCGCUUCCGAGAGGAAGGUUUCCCUGGACCGGCUCCUCAACGAAGAUCAGACCCUGCUCGACCAAAUCGAUUGUGUCAAAGACCAGCUGGACGAACUGGACGGCGAGCGGGGCAUGUACGAGCUUCUUCGGAUCAAGGACGAAGCAAAGCGAGCUCUUCUUUCGGUGCUCUUCAUGGGCUGGCUUGUGAGGGACAACUACGAACAGGUCGUGGCAUGUCAGGACGGGCCCAACAAGCUCACGAGGACGACCUGGUCCGCCCUGAGGGAGCUGACGCAUUGGAAGGAGAUGACUUUCGAAGAACUGAAUGCAGCCAUGGUCUUGCUGGGCGUGCGUGGCCUCUGCAAGAGCAAGGAGUUUUCGAGGCUGGUGCCUCCCAGCGAGCGACGGCAUACGGAACAGGUGUUGCUGCACACGGUGGACCACCUUUCCGCCUACGUUCCUUCGCUACGAGCGCUGAGUACGGAGUGCUACACCCACCUCGGAAAUGCUGUUCGAGUCAUGCUGGACUUCAACUUUGCUCAGUUCGUGCAGGGCGAGAACAAUCCCAACUCCGUUUGGCUGCUGCAGUGUGCGCUUGGCCGGGAUGGGAUGCAGGCCUUUAGGUUAUGCUUGCUGGCCCAGGCUUGCAUGCUCUGCGGGGUGAGCGGUACCUCCACAGUGAAUGGAUCCCUGUUCCUCAACGAGCUGAAUGGCCGCUGCAUUGUGAAGGCUCUCUCGAGCCUCAGGCAAGUCGAGGACGUGGAGCCCCAUGUGACGUACUGGCGCUACAUUAGCAGCCGCGCAGAGGCCCUGAACCUGAGCGUGCAGACUCCGUCGCACCUGGUCCUCGCCCGCAUUGCUUGCUUGACACGAACGCUGGAGCCUUCCGCCAUGCUGGAAGUGCAAGAAGAUUGGAAACAGCUGAGCGAUCGCGAGCGGGACGUGCUGCACGAUGUCUUCCUCUUGGAUGGACACGAGCACAAGGCCUUCAUGUUUCUCUACCUGCCGCUCUUCCUGGCCAACGCCCGAUCGAAUCCCGAUCUGGGACUUCAAGGUGGUUUGAAGUUCCUGGUGGAGAUCUACGACAAGCUCAUAAGGCACAAGUGUCUAACUCUGGCCGGACCAACGGUCAAGGUGGACUUGUCAACUCUCGCAGUUGUUGCCACCGACGUCGAAGAUCUUCCAACCCUUCGAAAGUGCCUGGACUUCGCGAAGAUCGUGAAGCAUGAGAAGGGAGUCACCGUGCUCCUGACCAGCGCGAGCUAUCAAGUGCUCACCGGACAGCUCGUGCACCACACGAGAAGUGCAGAUAUGCUGGAGCUCCUGACGCAACAGCAGCUCCGGCUCGAGAGUGCCAUCAUGUCCAAGGCCCUGGGCCGACCUCUGAGGGCCUCCAUCUCCCUGGACAACCUGGAGUCGGAGGGAGAAAGAGACCCGCACGCCAUCGAGCAGACCUUCCUCUAG